AUGGAGCCCAUCCCGUCCUCUGCGCUGGUCUCGUUUAUACAAUCCGAUCAUACUUUCCACCCCUCCGUGCCUGGCGAUAGUCGCUCGCCUUGUCCUGCUUUGAAUGCACUGUCCAAUCACGCAUACCUCCCUCGCAAUGGUCGCAAUAUCACCGUGAGGUUACUGGUCCAUGCACUCACCGACGUAUACAACAUCUCCACUCCGAUGGCACUUGUCCUGUCCGCCGUCGCUGUUAUCAAGUGCGGUAACCGAUGGUCCCUCGACCUCCACGAACUGGCGAAGCACGGCGUCAUCGAGCACGACGGCUCGCUUGUGCACGCGGAUGCGCCAAAAGGCUGCCCUUUUGCACCCUCCGCGGUUGAUCCUACCCUCCUUCACCAGCUUGUAUCCAUAUGCGAUUCCUACAUGACGCUCCAAGACUUCGCAAGGGCGCGAGCCCUUCGUGAUGCUACUUUACAUGCGCCUCUGGAUAGUCUGCAUGCACAGAUAGCGCGAGGAGAAGCGGUCCUCACCCUUGCAGUAUUUGGAGACCGUGGAUUUCGGGACAAGCUGGGAGACGAAGAACGCCUUCAAGACGACGACGAGCGUGCCAUUCCAAAAGCGUACAUCGAACAAUGGUUUGGGGAAGAUAGGUUACCGGAUGGGUGGCAUAGACCGUCGAAGAAGGUGGGACUCAUAAGCGUCACGCUAAAGACGCUACAAAUCAAGAAGAUGAUAAGGAACAUCGAGGCGGCGAGACAAAGUGCGCGAUCAUGA